AUGCCUGCCGCCCACUCCGUCCACUUUGUUUACACACACACAGGGGUGGGUGAAUUUCGGCAUGGUAUCGUGUCUAUUGUCGACUGCUUGUCAUACAAGUGGUGCAGGUUGUCUCAUUUAUCAGAUGUACCAACAUACAAGUGGUGCAGGUUGUCUCAUUUAUCAGAUGUACCGACAUACAAGUGGUGCAGGUUGUCUCAUUUAUCAGAUGUACCGACAUACAAGUGGUGCAGGUUGUCUCAUUUAUCAGAUGUACCAACAUACAAGUGGUGCAGGUUGUCUCAUUUAUCAGAUGUACCAACAUACAAGUGGUGCAGGUUGUCUCAUUUAUCAGAUGUACCAACAUACAAGUGGUGCAGGUUGUCUCAUUUAUCAGAUGUACCGACAUACAAGUGGUGCAGGUUGUCUCAUUUAUCAGAUGUACCGACAUACAAGUGGUGCAGGUUGUCUCAUUUAUCAGAUGUACCAACAUACAAGUGGUGCAGGUUGUCUCAUUUAUCAGAUGUACCAACAUACAAGUGGUGCAGGUUGUCUCAUUUAUCAGAUGUACCGACAUACAAGUGGUGCAGGUUGCCUCAUUUAUCAGAUGUACCGACAUACAAGUGGUGCAGGUUGCCUCAUUUAUCAGAUGUACCGACAUACAAGUGGUGCAGGUUGUCUCAUUUAUCAGAUGUACCAACAUACAAGUGGUGCAGGUUGUCUCAUUUAUCAGAUGUACCAACAUACAAGUGGUGCAGGUUGUCUCAUUUAUCAGAUGUACCGACAUACAAGGGGUGCAGGUUGUCUCAUUUAUCAGAUGUACCGACAUACAAGUGGUGCAGGUUGUCUCAUUUAUCAGAUGUACCGACAUACAAGGGGUGCAGGUUUUAUUUAUCACAUUUACCCACAUUGUCCCACCCAAGUUUUUUUAUAAAAGUAAAUGAUGACAUGUUUUGAUUUAUAAAAAUGCUUGAAAUAUGAAAGUUUGUUCCUGCACCCCUUGCAUGCAAGUAAAUGUGAUAAAUGAGAUAACCUACACCCCUUGUAUGUCAGUAAAUGUGAUGACUGAGAUAACCUGCACCCCUUGUAUGGCAAGCAGUCGACAACAGACAUGGUACUGUGCCGAAAUUCACCCACCCCUGUGUAUGUAAACAAAGCAGAUAUACUAAAUCAAGGGGACGAGACUUGACGCCACACUGGCACACUAACCACUCAGCCACUACCUCCCCGUGUUUUCUUUAUUGCCAAACAUCGGCUGAAAAGUGACUAAACAUUGUGGGUUUCCAUCUCGGCUAUCUGGGAAGUCAGCUAAAUUUGCUUAAAUCUAGCCAGAAAAUAGCUAAUCUGGCAACACUGCUCCCGCAUCGCUACCGAUGUUCCCAGCUCGUCAGCCCACGAUGUUGCCGGCUUGCAUGUUCAUAGCUCGAGACACCAUUCGUCAUUCAAGGCUUUUUUUGUUCGGAAAAUUCGUUUGUGAACCAAUUUGUUUGUGAACCAAAGUUCCACUGUAUUUCCAUUUCACAUUAUCAUGAUAUCUAGAAUAUCCAACAUUGCUGGAUGGUUACCACCACCGCCAUCACCGACGAAAAAGUUAACUUGAUUUCAGCUCUCGCCGUUCGACAUCACAGUCAACGGAGGAUGAAAUGACGCACGAGUCCCACUGUCGUCGCUCAUACGGGGAUCUUCGUGACAUCAUUAACAUUGACGGCCAUAGUGAGAACCUGACCCAAGGCAAGUUCUCACGGGUUGCCAAUGUAAUGUUUUUUUUAGGGGGGCCCAUCUGCUGAGUUAAUUAUUGCAGAGGAGGUGUCUCAAAAUAUAAUACAUAUAUUUUUCAUGUCGGGCUGUUUUGGGAUAAUGGUUUGGCAUGAAGUAGUCUAUGGGUGACUUGUGUUAUAUUCAUCUUUUUGACUGAUAAUCAUUAGGGUUCAGUGAGAGGCAGGUGGGGCUCAUUUUCAAGAUAAGUUUUAUAUUUUUCACUGAAUAUUAGAUGCCUUUUUCAGUUUAAGGCAUUAUUUUCCCUGCACAGAUCUCUUAAGAAAUUUUUUCAUUAAAAAAUUAAGGAUAAAAAGAGGCACUUCAGAGGUUUGCCUGAAGAAAAAUGCAUAUUUACUCAGACCAGUAUUCACCUGUCCUUGGGAAUGGUGAUAGUCCGAGAGCUAGCUACGGGUGAUUUUACCCCAACGAGCCCAGAAGAUAUAAUGCUCUAACUUGGUUAAGUUUAUCACCGACAAUUGAAAAAGGUUUGUCAGCUGCUUCAACUCGGGUGGGUGUUGCCCCCAGGGGGUGCCAAAAUACCCCUUUUUGAGGUUGAUUUUACUUUUCAAACUAUACACUUCAAACUUUGUAUAUAAAACUAUGUAUUUAUUCUUAAUAAUAUGGCAAUAUAACUCACAGAAUAUUUAAGGGGGAUGAAGGGGUCAGCUGCCCUUAAAAAGACCCUAAAAGUGUUGGAUUUUACCCCAAAAGCUACACGAAUCAUAUUCACUCAGUAUAAUGAUAAAAUGCAGUAGAUAUGAAUCUACUAAUAACUGACACUAUUUCUCGGUGGUAAAAGGGGGUCAGCUGCCCUCCAAAUUUAGUCUGAUUUUGGCCCUUGGGGUAAAAAUGUCUUAUCCCAAGAGCUACACGUACCAAAAUGCAGUAGCACAGAGUUAAUCUGUCCAAAUUGAUAAUGAGACUAAAACUGACAACAUUAUCAGGUGGUAAGAUGUGGUCAGCUAACCUCCA